AUGAUCGGAUACCUCAUCGGUGUCGGUGUAAUUGGCACCUUCAGCGCGCUGGUGAUCAACACCAGGAUUGGCUUAGAGGCUGACGACGGAGACCCAAACCGCUGGGUGCAUUUUCUGAUCUCCGGCUUGCUCACCGGGAUGCUGAUCACCGAGUUGAAGUGCAUGCUUUGGAUCCAAAAGACCUGCGAAAGGAGAGGCGCAAGGAAGGAAGAAUCGUCAGAAAGAUACCGCAGUUGCUUGCUGGCCCAAACCCGGUUUGAUAAGCUUGGCACAGCUCGCCUUCAGUUUCGCAGGGUUCACCUGGAAGAAGGCCAGCUGACCAUCGACUGGGCUGCGGCAAAGCCAGAAGCCUGGAGAGCAGCUUCUAUCGGUUCAUCGUCUCAGAAGACGUGCAUCUGUUGCUUGGAGGACUUCCAGCCGGACACCCAAGUCUGCGUACUGCCAUGUGGCCAUGCCUUCCACGACGACUGCAUCGCCCGAUGGUUAGUAUCCCCGACGGGCUGCGCUGGCUCGUGUCCGACUUGUCGUGCUCCGACUACCGAUCUUGGCUCGGAGCCCUGA